GAUGUUCAUUUAAUAGUCAAUUGAGAGAUUUAAUCGGAAUUACAAGUGUUUAAGUUGAAUGCAACUGAUAAUGUGAAAAGAAGUAUUAAGGCAGUUAAGGCAUUAUUUGUUCAAUUAAUCGAUGUAAAACUGUUUAAUUGUUAAGUCGAUAUCAAAAUGAACGAGAGGAUUAAAACAUUUUGUGUGAUUUUUGUGGCAUUUUUGAGCUUAAAAAAUGCAGAAUCACAAAGUUUGCCAGAAUUUGACAUUUCGUGGACGAGCAAGACUGUGAUUGUUGGAGAAAGUCAUGAAAUAUUUAUGCAAUUAGUAUCCUCAGUGCCACGAACCUUCAACGUUUCCUUCUUAGAGGACCAAGAAGACCUUAUCGACUGGUCACCAAAAAUAAUUUCAAUCCCACAAAAUUCACCAAACUCAAAUUUCACCGUUAAAAUUGACGCAAAGAAGGCUGGAAAAGUUGAAAUAACUGGAACGUCAACCCCAAAAGAUCUCAUCAGUGACUUCAACUUGUUCUUUAAAAUUACAAUUGGAAAUUCUCGUGGAUUAAUCAUUGCAUCUGUUAUUGUUGGAUGGGUCUACUUUGUUGCAUGGAGUAUAUCAUUCUAUCCACAAGUUUGGAUCAAUUAUAGAAGAAAAUCAGUUGUUGGAUUGAGCUUUGACUUCUUGGCAUUGAAUGUUGUUGGGCAUACAUCUUAUGCUAUCUUUAAUUGUAGUCUUUUCUUCUUGAAAUACUUCCAAGAUGAAUAUUUUUUGAGAUUUCCACAUGGACAGAAUCCUGUUGAGCUGAAUGAUGUGUUUUUCUCGAUUCAUGCGUCAUUUUUGACAGCUUUUACUAUUUUCCAGUGUUUUAUUUAUGAGCGUGGUGUCCAACGAGUCUCAUACAUUGCAUGGUCACUCAUCGGAAUCUUCUUCGUAGCAAUUAUUGUCGUCAUUAUCAUCUGUUCAAUUGGCACACUUCACUGGCUUGAUUUCUUGUAUACCUUGAGUUAUAUCAAGCUUGCAGUUACACUGACUAAAUACAUUCCACAAGCUGUGCUGAAUUAUCGUAGAAAAAGUACAGUUGGAUGGAGUAUUGAGAAUAUUAUUUUGGAUUUGACUGGCGGUGUGCUGUCGAUGAUGCAGAUGUUCUUUAAUUCUUACAAUUAUGACGACUGGCAAUCAAACUUCGGAAAUCCAACAAAGCUUGGACUCGCAUUGUUCUCAAUCUUCUUCGACUUGAUCUUUAUCGUUCAACAUUACUGCCUUUACAAAGGUGCAAGACAUUCUGAAGACAAUAAAGCUGAAAGCACAGAAGUCACAAUAGAAGCCGAGCCGAAAAAUGAAAAAUUCUGAGAAAAAAAGCAUAAAUUUUAAUUAAUUUAAGUUCAAUAAAAAAAAAUAAAUUUUA